UUAAUCACAAAGCAAUUUCCAUUCACAAAGCCAACAGCAGUGUGUGUGCGCUGAACGCUGUGCUUAACCAAGGACUGUCGAAUAAAAACCAAGAAAAAAUAUAUCUUUCCCUUUCCAAAUAAAAACAAAACAAAAAAUAUUUAAAAAUAUGUGCGCGAAAUUCGUUUGUGUGGUGCUCGUGGCGAGCUUUGUGUGCUCUGGCGCUCUGGCCCUGCCCUCGCAGGACAGCAGCGAAAAGGAUUUAGUGAAUAUGCUCAACCGGCUGGAUAACGAGGAGUCUGUGCCCCUCUUCGGCGGACUGCGCAUCGAUCGCAGCGAAACGGGCCGCAGCUUCGGCUCAGCCAAGGGUCUCGAAUCGUUCGAGGAUCGCGCCGAACGCUAUCUGGAAACGCAUGAGCUGAAUCUCGCGUUCUCUGGCGAUGAGCAGGAUGAGAAUGCCGAGAAUGUCUACAGCGGACGCGCCAUGGAGGAAUCGCGCAGCAAGCGCAUGAAGAAAAUGCUGCUGCCAUUGCUGUUGAUUUUGAAACUGAAGAAGGCGGUCGUUGUCAAGAUCAUGUUCACCAUCAUCAAGUUCAUCUCGCUGAAGGCUCUGGCCAUCUCCUUCCUUGCCCUCAUUCUGGCUGGUGCCACCUUCUUCAAGGAUCUGUUGGCCAAGAAGAAGGAUCACAUCACCACCGCCUACAUCACCGGCAGCCCCCUGAACGCCGAGAUUGUGCACUCCGACUGGAACCGCAACGGUCAGGCCAGCGCCGCCGACUUGGCCUAUAACCAUUACGGUCUGGCUCAGCCCUUCUAAGCUGCCAAGCAACACAGUUAGCCGGCUACCUUCCACUUCCACUCUCACUCUCAAAAACUUUCCAUUCUACUGCCCAUUUUCCUCGCCUUCCUUAACCCUAUUUUCCACCCCUCUCAAGAGACUUAAACUUCCACAUGGCUAAAUUCGUUGUAGUGUUGUAGUCAAUAAUUAUUUAGUUAUACUUAGUUAGUUAGCUGCGACAUACCAAAAAAAA